AUGGAGUCCUCCCCCUUCGAAUCUCGGGUUGCCGUGGGCAGUUCGGUAUGCCGGGAAAGCGUUCAGCCCGUUAGGGUUCACCCUAACGGGCCAGAUCUGGGUCUGCCAGAUGGAGAUUGCAGCGAUCCCUUCUCCAACCUGUCCGCCCUAAUUGCUGCUAUCGGAGGACAGUUGGAGAACAUCACUUGGAGUAACCCCUCCCUCCUUUAUACACCACCUGCGGUCCAUCUACAAUCCACCACACCAAAGCAUACGAUGGAGCUCUACCGUCUAACCGCCUUCCAGGCCCUCCAGCAGAUCCGCUCCAACCAGCUCACCGUCGAGGAAUAUGCCCGUGCUCUGCUGGCCCGUAUCGACGCCCGCGACGACCAUACAAGAGCCUGGGCGUAUCUGAAUCGCGAUCUCGUGCUCGAACAAGCUCGCCGUCUCGAUCGGAUCCCCCCAGAGCAACGAGGACCUCUGCAUGGAGUCGCCGUGGGCGUCAAAGACGUGAUCUAUACCAAAGACAUGCCAACACAGCACAACUCGCCCAUCUACGCGGACAGCCACGCCCAAGUAGACGCAGCAUCGGUCAUCAUCCUACGACAGGCAGGGGCCCUCAUCCUUGGCAAAACAACAACAACCGAGUUCGCUGCCACCGUCAAAGGCCCGCAAACACGCAACCCGCACGAUCCCAGCCGCACCCCCGGCGGCUCGUCGUCCGGUUCCGGCGCCGCCGUCGCCGACCUACAAGUUCCACUGGCUCUGGGCACGCAGACGGGUGGGAGCAUCAUCCGCCCGGGCUCGUUCAACGGCGUCUACGCCCUGAAGCCGACGUGGAAUGCCAUCAACCGCGAGGGGCAGAAGAUUUACUCGCCGAUUCUGGACACGGUCGGGCUGUAUGCCCGUUGCGUCGAGGAUCUGUCCCUUCUCGCUGAUGUAUUUGCGCUGGAUGACGAUGACGAAAGUGAUCACAGCUUCCAACUGCAGGGUGCGCGGUUCGCCGUCGUCAAGACGCCCGUCUGGGAUAAGGCCGGGCCCGGAACAAUUGCAGCCAUGGAGACUGCGACGCGGUUGUUGCGUGCGCAGGGCGCCGAGGUCGAGGAGCUCGAGUUGCCGGAGGAGUUUGCGCAGCUGCCGCACUGGCAUGGCGUUGUCAUGGCUGCCGACGGGCAGGUGGCCUUUCUGCCGGAGUACCAGGCGGAUCGUGGCCGCUUGCACGACUACCUCGUUGGGCUUGCCGAGAACCGGGAUCGGCAUAGUCGUGCGGAGCGGCUGAAGGCGUUCGAUGGGAUCGCCAUGCUGCGGCCGAAGAUCGACGAGAUUGCCUCGCGAUACGCUGCUAUUCUUGCCCCGAGCGUGCCGGAUGAGGCCCCCGUGGGGAUUGAAAGUACGGGAAGUGCAGUGUUUAAUGGAAUGUGGACGGCGUUGCACACCCCCGUUAUCAACAUCCCUGGCUUCAAGGGCGCCAAUGGCCUGCCCAUCGGUCUGUCUUUGGUGGCACCGCGGUACCGCGACCGGCAUCUUCUCCGUGUGGGCACGGCGGUGGGAAGACUCUUUGAGGCCGAGGGAGGCUGGCGGUCGGAGAUAUAG